AUGGUGCACAAGAAAGGGGAACAUGCGCAGGCAAGGGCAAGCACCGAGAAAUGGGACAAGAUACGCAGCCUGGAGUGCGAGAGGGACAAGCUGCAGAACGAGCUUCAGGAGCAGCAGAUGCUGCUUGUUGAGCACAGGAAGAGAGCUUCUGCAGCGGCUGUGUCCAGGCCCCAG